UUCCUCGGCUUUGUGAAUUGCCACGUCCGGACUGUAAUGACUACUGUCAGUAUAUUCCACAUUUAGAGCAUGUGCCAAUCUUCGUACAAAGUCCUGGAUAAGAGGUUAGAAUACGUAUGACAGCAGAGUCCCGACAACGGUGCGCAGUUGCAAGGAUGCCAUUUCACCAGUUCAAUCCGUUCACUGGUCGUCUAAAGCAAACCAACCAUCUACAACCACUUUAUCCACUUGCACCACAUCCACUGGAAAAAGCAGAACCACCAAAGAUGCUGUGGGACUCAAUGUUGACGAAACCUGCAAAGGUUGGACCUUCGGUCGGUGUUGCCCGCUUCUCGAAGGUGGAUCCAAAACUUCUUGCUAAAUACAAGAAAUUCCAGGAACCCAACGGCAUUCCUGUAUACCUUAAAGGAGGUCCAAUGGACAAAGUACUAGUUGGUCUUACAUUUGGGUUAAUUGCUGUCGGUUUGGUUCAAUUUGCUGAGUUUGUCUAUAAGGAAGCAAAUGGUAUUAAGUGGGAAAAGUGAUUUAAAUAUUUAGAAACAAUACAGAGUCAUGUGUAGAUAUACAUUCGUAAUGUAUGAGCAUCGAAGAUGAUGAUCAUAAAAGUUAUUUGUAAAAA